AUAUCUGACAUUUCUGCCAAAGAUUCAGACUGGGCACAGGAGGAAAUCUCUACUAAUUCACAUAAUGACACGGACCAACUUACAGGUAUAUUUUUAAAUGCGUCUAAUUUAAAUGCUUUAUUCUUUUGAAAAAAUACAAAGUUGCUUUCUUUGAUUUACUGCUACAAAGUUUCCUUCUUAACUAUUGCAGUGGUUCAAGAUACUUCCCCCUCAUCAGGCUCUGUGAAGGUAAUUAUAUUAUUUCAGAAAUUGUCAUGGUGAUUGGCAAAUUUAAUCAGGCAUGAGGAAAGCCACACAGUUUAUCAAUUAUUUGACACGAACCAUUUCAAACAUCAAUUCUCUGUACUUUGUGGCUCAUAUUUCUCAUAUUUUUAGCUCUGAGGAUUUGUUGUUUUAUCCAAAAGUAACCCUAGUUGGUUGACAAUUUGGUUCUUCUCAUAACCAUCUGAUUGAGAAUGUCUUUACAGUCAUAGUGAAAGGCUUGAAAGUUUAGCACUAAUAAGUAAUCCUUGCUUUAACAGAUAUUUGACAUUUCUGCUGAAGAUUUAGGUUCAGCACUGGAGGAAAUCUGUAUCAACUCAGAUAAUGAUGUGGACCAACCUGGAGGUAUAUUUUUUAAAUGGGUUUAAUUUAAAUGCUUUAUUUUGAAAAAAUAAAAACGUGAUUUCUUCGAUUUAAUGCCACAAAUUUUCCUUCUAAUCUGUUGCAGUAGUUCAAGAUAUUUUCCCCUCAUCAGGCUCUAUGAAG